AUUUUCGAACAGCAACCAAAGGAGGUCAAAACCCUAGCCUUAAAACGGAGCCAAUAUAAACCCUAGUCGGUUCUCAAUGUGUAAGCGCCUCUUCUCAGUGUAGAGCUCUUGCAUCUCUCCGUUGUGCUUCAACCAGCCCCAGCAGGAAUGAGAACUCCAGUCGGAAGAGGUCGUGGGGGAUUCAGGGGCCGUGGUGAUGGAGGAAGAGGCAGAGGAAGAGGUGGUGGCGGGGGAAGAGGUAUGAGUGACAGUGGCAGAGGUGGUGGCAUGAGGGGCCGAGGUGUUGGAAGAGGUGGCCGUGGCGGAGGGAGAGGCCGUGGUGGUCGUGGUGGUGGUGGGAUGAAAGGUGGGAGUAAGGUUGUGGUUGAGCCUCAUAGGCACGAUGGAGUGUUCAUUGCCAAGGGAAAAGAAGAUGCUCUUGCAACUAAGAAUAUGGCACCGGGUGAAGCAGUGUACAAUGAGAAGAGAAUCUCUGUCCAGAAUGAAGAUGGAACUAAGAUUGAAUAUAGGGUAUGGAACCCCUUCCGUUCAAAGCUGGCAGCUGCCAUUCUAGGAGGUGUUGAUGAUAUCUGGAUUAAACCUGGUGCUCGAGUUCUGUACCUUGGUGCUGCUUCUGGUACCACCGUCUCUCAUGUGUCUGAUAUUGUUGGUCCUUUGGGAGUGGUUUAUGCUGUAGAAUUUUCACAUAGAAGUGGUCGAGACUUGGUUAACAUGGCAAAGAAGCGAACAAAUGUUAUACCCAUCAUAGAAGAUGCUAGGCAUCCGGCCAGGUACCGAAUGCUGGUUGGCAUGGUGGAUGUGAUAUUUUCUGAUGUUGCUCAGCCUGAUCAGGCAAGGAUCUUAGCAUUGAAUGCAUCAUAUUUUCUGAAAGCUGGAGGCCAUUUUGUAAUUUCUAUCAAGGCAAAUUGCAUCGACUCCACUGUUCCUGCCGAGGCAGUGUUUGCACAGGAAGUGAAGAAGUUGCAGGCAGAGCAGUUCAAGCCUUCUGAACAGGUUACUUUAGAGCCUUUUGAGCGCGACCAUGCUUGUGUGGUUGGUGGCUACCGAGUGCCAAAGAAACAAAAAACUGCUGCUUAGGAAAUGUAGCAUUCUUGUCUGAUCAAUCCCUUCUUUCAUUGGGAGAACAGAACUUUGAGGAUUAUGCCUAUUUUGAUGAUUUUUUCCUCAUUUGUGCUUAGGUUGUUGGUAGCAUGUUGUUCAUGUUGUCAAACUUUUCAUAUUGAGUUUAAUAUAUAAUAGGCUUGUUGAGAA